UAUCCAGUGUACAAUUAGGAAUGUUGAUGCGUUUUGAUUCUAUUUUUUUUUGAAGGGAGUUUUGAUUCUAAGAAUCUAAGCUUUGUAAAUUGUAGCCAAAACAGUGUAAUUUCGUUCUUCCCUCCUAAUCCGAAAGCUUCGAAACAGUGACGUAGUACCAAAACAGUGUAAAUCUAUAAAUCAUUCAGUUCUCCAUCAUAAUCUUCAUGGCAUUUCAAAAUUGUAGACGACGGAAUUAUGUCCAGUCUGUCUAUACAUGGAGACGGAGCUAUCAAGCUAUGCAAUUCAAAAUGUCUGUGCUUCCUCAGCUUUCCAUUAACCCUUUGUAUGUAUUGAAUUACUAAACUACCUGCAUUCACAUUUGCGACAGUGUUCUUCUACCUUAUUAAUUCCUAAUCUUGUUCUAUAGCACGAUAAAAUCCUUUCAUUUGUCAUUAUUUGUUAUGAUAUUUGUUGAUUAAAAUUUCUUCGACUGUAGUGUAUUUGUUAUAAGUUGAUGACGACUUCGAUUUUGUUUCAGUGAGGCAAUCUAAUUUGUAAUUUUCCAUGUAAUCCCUAAACCUAAUUUGUUCGUUCCGAAAUCUGGAAUUGAAUUGGGGGUAAAUAGGAUAUUGUUUUUCAAACAAAAAGGGAAAACUGGGUAUGUCGGAUAAUUUAAUUUGUAUUGUAAGUAUGAUGAUCAUACUUGGUUAUAGUUAAUACAAAUUUUGUUGGAUUGAGUCAUACUGACUCCUACAAUGCUGCUACAGAUACGAGCACAAACUGAUUCUACAACAAACUCUAUAAAUUUACAUUUGCUGUUAGUUAGACAUCAGUAGUUUGGGUGUUUUAUAUGGGUAUGCAUUUACUGUGAGGCUAGUGUUUUCCGGUACUUAGCAUGCCUGAAAAACAUGAAGAAGAAUGGAAAUCAAUGGUGCUCUUUUUGGUUUCGCUUGGUCAAAUGAUGUUUUAGGAGAGUUGCAUAGAGCCGUAGGCGUCUCAAGGGAUUUUUUGAAGGGCAAUGAUGUAGUCGGGAGUCCAUCUAGCCCAUCCUACCCAAGACUUUACAUAUCCUGAAGAUGGUUUUCAAGUGAUUGGAUGUUAGUCAUGUUACCUGUUUCAGGAAUGGAUCCAUGAUCAUUUUCCAUGCUUCAACAGUAAUGAGUGUUUAAUUAGUUGCUUCCUCAUAGUUCUUCGUAUGCUGUUGUAAUCACAGUUUGAUUCUAUAGCUUUCUUUCUACAUGCCAGUAUAUUACAGUUGCUGUCUUCAUUUGGAACGAGGAAAAUAACGAUGUCUGUUUUUGCUAAGGAACAUCCAUGAUCCAUCUGCUACUGUCAUAUGUUUUCUAUUUGUUGAGUAUUUCAUGUAUAUGUAGCUUUGCAUCAUUCUUCUUGAAAAGGAAGGACACCUCUAAGGCUUAGAGCUUGUUCUGUUACAGGAUUUUUUCUUUUCUUUUCUUUUCUGCUACAGACAGUGAGAGACUCUAGAUUCAUCAUAUUGCUGUGUCUUUCACAAACAUGCUUUAAACACCUUGUUCACCUCAAACCCUGCCGCUGCAUAUAGGUAUUCAGAUCAUCAAGCUGCUUUUUUUUUCCUGUCUAAUUCCUUUUUGAAGAUUCUUUUGACUUGCCUUGUCGUUAUUGUUAUCUCGUCAUCUAACCAUUACACGUGAUAUUGGCUAGGAAGAAGUCUUCCAAGAUAGGAAGCUAACUAAGUGCUUCUUUCUGAGUUGGAGGUUUGCGUGGGAUGCCUAGAUCAAAUCCUUAGCAUUGUCCCUGGAAAAGGUCAGACUGUUCUAUUUUACAUAUUGAGCAAUUUUUGGAAGGAUAGCAAAGCAACCCACGUUUCUUGACUAAGUACAGUAUUUUUUUAUGAAUAUUUUUAAAGAAAGCAUACUAUUCUUCAGAUAUAUAAAAUGAUUUUGGCAAGUAAAAUUAAAAACUUCUUCAUCCUAUUCCAAAGUUUCUCAUCUUGAUCGAAUAGCAAUAGUUUACUUAAUCCAUAAUGUAGGUUCUCUGGUAUUGGUAAAUCUUUGUAUGAAUGUAGAUAAAACCCACAGAUUCCAAAAUCCCUGAAAUCCUGAAUGAUGGAGGAGCCAAUUACCAACCCUCAGUUUGAACCAACAUCAGCUGAAAAAGUUUCAGAAAAUGAGGACUUAGCAACAGAGAUUUUCAUUCAUAUGUCUGCAACUUCUCUUGCUCCAUGUCUACGUGUAUCAAAGUUGUGGCUCUCUUUUAUUUCAAAUCAAACAUUUGUUUCGAGGCAUACCUUCCUUUACCCCCCCUCCUUGUCUGGCCUGUUCUUGAUCCCUAGGCAAACCGCUCAACAUCCUGAAAUUCAUUUUCUCUCGCUUAACCAGAGGGAAUUUAAGAUUCUUCCAUUUGUUUCCUUUCUCAAUUCCGAAGGUUUCCAGAUCAUACACUCUUGCAAUGGACUAUUGCUAUGUCGAUUGGAGCUGUCACAUUAUGUGUGCAAUCCCUCGACAUGUCGAUUAAGAGUCCUUCCUAGCUGUUCAAUGUGUUCAUACAUGGAAAAUGAGUAUACACUUGAGUUGGCUUUUGAUCCUCUCACUUCACCUGAUUACAAGGUUGUUUGUCUGCAAAAGCUAGAUAGUCAGCAGUCCCUUUACCAAAUUGCAAUCUAUUCAUCCGAAACUCGUCUAUGGAGUCUUACUCAAGAGCCUGUUUUUGCAUCUAAUGGGUUAGAGUUUAAGGAUGGUGUCUUCUGCAAUGGUGCAAUUCAUUGGCUGACAAGCACAUCCACAGGAGCAUAUCUUGACUUGAAAACGGAGUUACUAAGAGAAAUGCCACAGCCUCCCAGGCGAGAGGAGGAGUCACAAUAUAAAUUCAAAUAUUUUGGAAAAUCCAAAGCUAUGGCUAGAAACUUUGGGCGUCAUCCUUAUUUAUUCUCAGAGUUGGAGUGUGACGUGAUGUGCAUUAAUCAUGUUGGGAGCAAUGACGAUAUGGAAAUUGUGUUGUCAGUGCCAGAUCAUCAAGGUGCAUAUCGAGUUCAGUUUAGAAUCUGACAAGAGAAGAUAAAAAGAGAGGCGUGCAGUGUAUCACAUGUGCCGGUAUAUAAGGUGCAUGCGCUAAAAUGCAUGAACCUUUGUACAAUAUGAUUUUGACUCUGUUUCCAGAAUCUCAAAUCUGCGAGUUUUAACUGGGGAGUCUGAUCUUUCUAGCUUCAGAGAUAACAGCUUCCCGAGGAGUACUGGUACAUAUCCUUAUUACCCCUUAUCUGGUGUUGUUCGAAAUAUCCAAAGGUAAAAAAUGUUCAAUGUGUAUCAUCUAUCCCAUUUAGUCCCCUUCUUGUUCAGAUUCUAUUAUAUUGCAGUGGGUUGUUACUAUGUCGCGGUAAGCUCCAGCUAUAACUAUGCAAUCGUUGUCCAUGGCAGCUGAUCGCGCUCUGAUCUUUCAUCAGAGUAUCAUAAGUAGGUUCUUGAUCAUUGAUCAUACAGUUUAAAUGGGAAAUUCUAUGUUAUUAGAUGGAUUUGGUGUAUUUACAUGGAUGCAUUUGGAAGAACAGGUGUUGAGUUCAAAUCUAUUUUUUUGGACUUACAUCAGUUGUUCUUCUUAAACAUUUAUCUAUGUAUUCCUAUUAUAUAACACAACUUCUAUGUACAUUUAGUAAGGUUCUAAACCUUAGGAUAUUUGUUAUACAUCUGUGUUCUAUAAAUAUACUAUUUGCCUGAAAUUAUGGCUGUAAGGGAGAAGAGAAAAUUGUAGGGUGAUUAAGUAUUCUCCUCAUGUAUACUUUUUGAGACGCGCUCUCAUUUUUUUAGGAUCAUCCUUCCAUGUAAUAUAAAUAUGUUAUACAAAGUAUUUAUCUUUCAGCUAAACUUCAGAUCAGAAAUAUUGAGUGAGUUUGUUUUCUACAAAGGUGAAAGAAAUUAAUUACUUAUCUUUAACAUUUAUUAACAACUAGUGUUUGGCCCGGGCGAUGUCGUGUAUUACUACUUUGAAAAUCAUAUAUGAGGUGUGUAUUAUGUAAAAAGUGGGUGUAUAUCAUACGCUUGGAUAUUCCAAAUUAUAUGUAUUUAUGUGCAAUAAAGAUCAUAUCUAAUGGUUUGCUAAGAUGGUAAAACAACUACUAUUUGUUAUCACAAAUAAAUAAGAAUCAUAGGCAAUUUCUCAACUGUAACCAAUAGCUUUAACAAUGUGCACAUAACUAGAACAAUAUUCCAGAUAGGACACUUGUAUCAGUUAGUGUAGGAGCUGAUAUGGUUUUUGGAGAUUAGAGCAUGAUCCACCAUAAGUCUUAAGACUAAAGUUGUGCUGACAUGGCAUAUGACUCACCUAGUCUUAAGAUUAGACAAAGGAAUUUGUAGCAUUGGAGUAGAUAAGUCUCGACAAAGUCUUAAAUUGAGUCUUGAAAAACUAAAGCUCAACUUAAGAUUCCUUGUGUGAGUUGAAUAAUAUAAUAAAAUAAUAUGUGGUGCAUAAAUAUACAGGUCUAAAAUAAGUUUGAAGGGUGAAGUGCUAAAUUUGAUUGAAUCUUAAGGAGUCUUAACAAUAAUAAUAGUGAAAUGAUGACAUGGCAUAUGAAGAAAGUCUUAAAAAAAGACCCCCUUGAUCUUGCUCUUAGACUGAUUCAUAUAGCGUCCAUCAUGCUUUUUUGGCCUAAAUUUAACUACAAGUUUUAUUUUUUUGGCCUACUAUGCUGGAAUUUCAGGUAACUCAUGUUCUGAAACAUUUUGAACCAGAAAAAGAAGAGGUACACUUCUAGAAAAACUAUCAGUAACAUAAGCUACUCUUACUUGAUUACUCUAUAUCUCCUAUUAUCUGAUAUUACAGAUUUACAGAGAACCUGUAAAAUGAGUAAGAAAAAACUAGAAAAUAGUUUGUGUUGUUUUUACAAGAGUGCUUCAUGCAAGAGUUAGUCUUCUCUUUUCCCUUAUCAGAACAUUUCCAUUACUUUCUUUUCUUGUUAAACUUGGUCUUCACGUUCCCUACUCAGUUCAUUCAACCAGAAUAUUUUUUCCUAGAAAUAGGAAGUGUUGAAGUAGCCAGAGGAGACUUUAAAUUAAUUAAUACUUCAAAAGUAUUCUGGUGACUGAAUCAUCAUAAAAUAACAGCAAGUCAUCUACAAUUCUACAUUAUAUAGUAUACUACUACACAUAAAAUAAUACUUAAUACGUAUAUCUGUGUAUGGAAUCUUGUAAACUGAUAAGACCUUCAGCAAGAAUUAGCUCAUUCAACCAGUUGAUAAUUGAAUCAGUCAAAUAAGAAAAAAAAGAGCAUGAUUCAGGUUAUAAAUCAGGAUUCAGUAAUCUAGAAAAGGAAGGGAUGAAACCCUUUUAGACCCUUUCAAGUUCUGAAAUGUCUCAAACAACUAAUACCAAUUCUAAACUACCAAACUCCAUAAAAUCUGCUGAAACUAUUGGUAACAAUGAAGAUGUAGCAAGUGAAGUUUUGGUCUAUGUGCCUGUGAAAUCACUCAUCAACUUCAGAAAGGUGUCACCGCUAUGGCGUUCACUGAUUUUCAGCUUUCAUUUUGUAAAAAGGUAUAACCUUCUUCAUCCUCCAUCACUUUCUGGUCUUUUCUUGAUCCCAAAACAUCGAUUUGGGAAGGAAAACAACCAAAUCGAGUGUAUCUCCCUAGGCGAAAAUGAAUCAAAUUCCCCGGUUUCACCCAUUUUAAACAUGAUUAGCAUCAAAGUAUUACAAUCUUGUAAUGGAUUAUUGCUAAUUUGCAAAGAGGGAAAACUCUAUAUUUUCAACCCUACAACCCAACAAAAGAAACUCAUUCCUAACUUAUUUGGUAACUUUCCUCCUGCAUUCCCUUUAUAUUACAGUCUAGUGUUUGAUCCUUCAAUUUCACCACAUUACAAAAUCAUUUGCCUCAUUAACACAAGGCAUAACAAGUACAAAAUCUCUAUAUAUUCAUCAAAUUCAAACCAAUGGAAACCCUCAAAAGCACCAGACUUUUUCGCUCCUCAUGAUAUAGAUUUCACAACCGGGAUUUACUGCAAUGGAUCGGUCCAUUGGACUAAAAGAACAAUGAGGGGAUUAUACUUUGAUGUAGAGAAUGAAACCCUAAAUCAUAUGCCUGAAAGUCCAAGACAAGAACAGUAUAGUUGUGAGUACUUUGGCCAUUCUAAAGGGUACUUGUAUUGUAUGUUUACUAUGGAAGGUUUACACUACUACGAGCUUUUCGAGAUGGAGAAAGAUUACUCUUCAUGGGUUUUUAAAAGUAAGGUUGAGCUCAAUGUAAUGGCUUCACAAUUUCCAAAUAUGGACAUGGGGAUUGACUAUCAUCACCCUCAGUUUAUGUACCAGUGUCAAGUGUUAUCAGUUUUUCGAGGGCAUAAUGGGGAAGUUAUAGAGGUUAUAAUGUCCAUUCCUGGUGAAGUUAUAGCCUAUGAUUGUAAGAGUAAAAAAUCAAGGCAGAUAUGCAAGUCUAAAGAAAGUGGAAAAGAGAGAGAAAUAUGGUAUGGUGUUUAUCAAGUUUUUGAGUAUUAUGAGAGCAUUUCCCCUGUUUCAUUUCAACACUUGACUAAUUGACUUCACUUGUAUAUAAGUAUAUGUGAAGUGUUCUGAAUUCUGACAAUAUUGGAAGAUUCUUUGUUGUACUGUGUACAGUAUCUUACUGUAGUAAGGUCGUACUCAGUGCACAUGGCUCCUGCUAUUCUUUGUUGUACUGUAUAUCUUACUGUGGAAAAAAUAACAUUUGUAAAAGAAAUGUAUAUAUUGAACAAAUUUUCACAGCAACAAUUUCUUUCUUACUAAAAGUCAAAUCUUCAUUCUUUACUUCUUUUUUUUUUUGAGGGGGCUUCAUUCUUUACUUCAUGCUAAGUUAUACUGCUCCUUUCAAUUGUCAUUGUUAAGAUACAGAGUUAGAAUACAACUUGAUCCGGAACAAGGCUCGUUUGAUUAGGCAAAUAUCGGGUAGAAGGUACAGAUUAUAAUGAAACCAGCUCCUACUCUAACUCUAUGUACUACUAAUUCUAACGUACAUAUAAUUCUAAUGUAAUUAUAUUCCUAGUGCUAUUAGAAUCACAAUAGUAUUCUAACUCUAUAUCUUAACAGUAUCCUGUUAGGCUUUGUCAGGGAUACUUAGAAAACUUAUAUGUAGUAACAG